AUGCCGUAUACUUGCCAAACAUGCGCCCGGCGGAAGGUCAGAUGCGACAAAACCACACCGACUUGUUCAGCUUGCCGCAAAAGCCAACUCGACUGCCUUUACCAAGCACCGCGUCCACGGACGGGGAAACGAAAACUGGACGAGGAUAUACUCGAGCGACUCGCUCGGUAUGAAAAUAUCCUCAUUCAACACGGCCUUCUUCCGGAUUCCGAACGGGAAGCGUCCUCUAGUUCUAUGGUUUCGACAGCCGUCCGGGAAAGUGAAACACCAGGUAGUGGCACUGAGCAGCCGGUUUCCCUCCUCUGGGAUGCACCAGAGGGAGCAAAAGCCGGCAAGCUCAGGGCACACGGCAAUGACAAAUCCCAAACGACGUACGUAAACAGCAGUCUGUGGCAAAAGCUUGAAGAACACCAUCUCCAAAGCCAAUCCGACGACGACGACGACGACGAUGUCAAUGUCAACGACCAAACCCCGGCAUCACCGUCAACCCAACCUCAUACAUUCCCCUCCGACCCAUGGACGGAAGCAUUCCUAGGACUAGCUCCACCCCCACCAGUUCCCCUCACGCAGCACUACCCCCCGCCCGACGAAGCCUUCUUCCUCUGGACAACCUACACCUCCAACGUCGACCCCCUCGUCAAGAUCCUCCACACUCCGAGCAUCCUCAGCCUCAUCGAAAACACCACCCAGAACCCAACCACCAUCUCCCGAAGCCCCGAUAACGGACCCCUCCUCUUCGCCAUCUACCAUUUCGCCAUCUUCUCCCUUCCCCCCUCCUCCUGCCUCCUCCACCUCCACCAACCCCGUCCCACCCUCCUCACCAAAUACCACUCCCUCACCCUCCAGGCCCUCUCCAACACCUGGACCACCCUCCUCCAAGCCCCUUCCCUCCCCCUCCUCCAAGCCCUCAUCCUCUUUCUCAUCCCCUCCCGCACGCGUUUCCACCCUACAACCUACUGGCUCCUCACCGGCACCGCGGUCCGUCUCGCGCAGCGAUUGGGAAUCCACCGGGACGGUGCAGCUCUGGGUCUGCCACCGUUUGAAACGGAGAUGAGGCGGAGAUUGUUUUACACGCUGAUGCCGCUGGAUGCGAGGGCGAGUCAGUUUGCGGGGAUGGGGGCGCCGGUUUGGCCGGGGGGAUGGGAUACGAGGCCGCCGAGGAAUGUGAACGACAUAGAUAUCUGGCCGGGGAUGAAGGACGGGGAGGUUCCGGUGGAGAGGAAGGGGGUGACGGAGAUGGUGUUUUGUUUGGCGAGGGUUUGUGUGGGGGGGUAUUUUUUGCAGUCUGAUGCUCAUGGUCAUGGCCCGAUGAUGGGACAGUUCCGAGACGCGGCAGCCGCCAGCGAGAUGGCUGACCGAGCCGAGGCAGAAGUGGAAGAGAAGUUCCUGCGGUACUGUGACGUGGUGAACCCGCUGCACUUUCUUACGGCGUGUAUGGUGCGCGCGGGGAUUGCGACGCUGAGGUUGAGGAUUGUGCUGCCCCAUGCGAACCCGGGUGCAGAUACGGAUGCAGACCCCGGUGCUGUGAAAGAGGCGUUUAGCCUGGCAAUGAAGAUCCUGAAAAGCGACGAUACGCUGUGUUCACACCCGGGCCUACAAAAGUAUUGGUGGCAUACCGGCUCGUUUUUUGUCUGGGGUACGUGGGAUGCGUUUAUUUUUGUUUUGACGACGUUGCUCAAGAGGAGGGGGUUGGUUCGUGCGGAGGAGGUUAGGGAAGCAUGGGACGGGGUGGAGGCUAUGUAUCGACAUCAUGAGGAGCUGGUUGGGUCGAAGCGGGCGUUGUAUCGGGCGCUACGGCGGUUGACGGUGAAGGCGUGGGAUGCGGGCGGGCUGGAGGAGGAGCCGGGGUUUGUGGGUGCGCUGAGGGCGUUGCGGUCUCUUGGGUCUUCUGGACGGGUUGAUGAGAAUGAGCAGAAGCAGCGUGAGGAGAUCGUGAGUGGACAAGACGGGCAACCGGUUCCCGGUUCUGAUUUUGGCCAUGGGUCAGGUACCGGGAACGACCCGAGCCUGCCGAGUUUUGAGCCGGAAGAAAACUUGGAACCGGAAGAAACGGACUGGGACUUUUGGACCCAGCUGAUUCAGGAUCAUGAUAUGGACAUGGAACGGUAG